AUGGCGUGUAGCCCAGCUGAAGGGUGGACCAUGAGCGUUCCAAUGGCCCCUAAGAAAUCAUGUUACACACAGCUGCAGGACAGCAGGACUGGGGCCACCAAUGACAACGAGACUCUCAUCAGCCUGGGGGACCCCAACGCCAACCAGAUCAUGGUGGAGGUCAGUUCUCCCGUGAGCGAGUCAAAGACCUGUGGGAUUCCAGAUGAACCUGCAAACGCAAACUCACGGGAGCUGGAAAACACACAUUUCAAUAAGGAGUUCCAGAAAGUUCAGGGCCUUGUCAAGGACGUCCAGACUCUCACAAAAGACCGUAAGCUCUCUUCAGUGGUUCAUGGGGAGCUGAGUGAACAUAGCACACACAAAGGCCCUGCUGUGCUCCAGGCACCUCGCGGGCCCCAGGGACCCAGCCUCUCUGGUUGGAGGAAUGGUUUGAGUGAGGCCAGUUCUGAGGUUUUGGCCAAACGGGAGCCUGACACUGCUCAGCACAUCCCCCGGGAUAAACUGACAAAGACCCAUGGCGGUGAGGAACUGAGGAAACAUUCCGUGGAGAAAGUUGAUGGUGCUGUGGACGUGCUCACCAUGGAGAGUGUGGGGAAUGUGCCUCAGCCUGCCAUGGUGGAGCCCACUAAGGUCCCCCGUCCUGUUUGUGGGAGUGGGGAGAAACCACAGAAAGCGUUCCCAAGCCACUUUCCAGGGGUUGCUUUUCACCCAGCUGACAAUACCUCAGAGGAAAAGAUCAGGCUGCAUCCUAAACCAUCUACCUCAGAAACCAAGGAGGCCCAAAGCAAGGGGGGAAGUGAGAGAUCAUUCCAUCCUGCACAGAUGGAGCCUACUCAGAGUUCAGCGUUUCCCCCUAAGGAAAUCCCAAGUCAACCUGAAGCACAGUUAGGCAAGGGCGAGGAAGAGCCGGAGCCUGAGCCAAAAUUUGUUCAACCCAGGACUGCACAGGUACUGAAGUCGACGCAGGCAGAUGCUGUGUUACCCCUGGAGAGAAAAGAGCCAUGUGGAAAAGCAGAGAAGUCAUCUUCACACCAAGAAGCCAAUGGUGCCGUUGGAAGUCUCACCAAUGGCAGUCUUCAGCAUCUUGGACCAGGAAGAGGAGGUCGUGAGGAGGAAAAGAGAGAGAUUGUCAUAGAUGAAGGUUCUCUUCUGACCACCCACCAACAGGGCCCUGGUUCCUUGAGAUCUGUUGCUGAUCAGCCUAUUGGCAGAAUUUCACCAAGUGUAGGUAGCAGAUCGAGUGAAACACCACCAAGCAACAUUUCACCAAGUGAUGGUCAGGCUGUGUCUGGCCUUGGCAUUCCAGCCAGUGAGUUCUGUGGUGUCAGGGAGGAAAGAGGGAGCUCAGGCAGUGGUAACAUGGACAUUGCCUCUUCUUUGACUUCAGAGCCUUCUGCUGAAGAGAGCAAUACUGGAGUGUCUGAACCCCUUGUCCCUCACAGCAGCAGCUCAGAAGCAGGAGAAGAAAAGAUGAUGACCGUUUCUGCUGCUGAGCCGAGGAACUUUCUAGAAAAGGCAGCAAGAACAGAAAGUGACCCAGCAAGAGCCAACUCUCUUCUCAGUGUGCCAGCACCCCUCACUGUCCCAAUCGUGAAUGUGACCCACGUUUCCAAUGGCAGUGUCCAGGACCUUGGACCACUGGGUCUAGACUUCGGGUCCUCCUUGACUGUCCCACCUGCCCAUGACAGCGGUCAGUUGGUAAAUGCUUCUUCUAAAUUGUCUGACAAGAGCACCUGUCCCAGUGGGAUCCCCAAGCCCAUCUUCACACAUCCCAAGGACGCCUCUUCCUUUCAGGAGGGAAUGGAGAACGGCCAUGUCGAAAAAACAGACGAGAGGACAGAUACCAAGCCCAUCAUCAUGCCCAAACCCAAACACGUGAGGCCCAAAAUCAUCACCUACAUCCGGAGGAACCCGCAGACUCUGGGCCAGGUGGACGCCUCGCUGGUGCCCAUGGGGCUGCCUUACACCCCACCACCUUGUAGCAUGCCUCUGCCCAAAGAGGAGAUGGCAGCAAGUGGAGACAUCAAGCCACCUCCAGCCCUCUAUGAGAAACUCAAGCCAGACUUGCAGAAGCCAAGGGUCUUCACCUCUGGACUGAUGGUGUCUGGUAUCAAACCCCCAGGACAUCAUUUCAGCCAAAUGAGUGAAAAGUUUCUGCAGGAGGUGACAGAUCACCCUGGGAAAGAGGACUUUUGCUCUCCUCCCUACACACAUUACGAAGUUCCUCCGACGUUCUAUCGGUCCGCCAUGCUCCUUAAGCCCCAGUUGGGACUGGGUGCCAUGUCCCGUUUGCCAUCUGCAAAGAGCAGGAUUCUGAUUGCAAGUCAGAGGUCUUCAGCCAGCGCCAUCCACCCACCAGGACCCAUCACAGCCGCUGCCAGCCUCUACAGUGCUGACCCUUCAGCAGAUCUAAAGAAAACCACCAGUUCCAGUGCUGCAAAAUCCAGUCUCCCCAAAUCUGGACUUCGCCCUCCUGGUUACUCACGUCUCCCGGCGGCCAAGCUAGCGGCCUUCGGCUUUGUACGGAGUUCCAGCGUGGCCUCAGUGUCCAGCACCCAGUCCGUGGACAGCACCCAGAGUGAGCCUGUCAGGACCAGCCGUUCAACCUUUGGCAGUGAAGACCAGCCAGCUUUGAAGACCACUGUCCCUUCCAAAGAUGUACCCAAAGGUGUCAGCCGAGCAGCGCCCCCAGCAUCCACCAGUGCAACCGCCCCUCGCAGGAGUUUACUUCCAGCACCCAAAUCAACAUCCACGCCUUCUGGAACAAAGAAGGAAGCACCAAGGGACCAGGAUGCUCACAAGCCUGCUGUGUCCUCACCCAAGAGGACCCCAGCAUCAGCCGCCAAGCUCCACUCCCCAGGGUACCCGAAGCAGAGGCCGGCUGCGCCCCGAAACGGGUUCCCGCCCAAGCCUGACCUGCAGGCGCGCGAGGCCGAGAGGCAAUUUGUGCAGCGGCUGAAGGACAAGUGCGAGGAGCAGGCACGGCAGCUGGGGCUGCUGCGGGCGGAGCUCCGGACGGCCGUCUGCGGCUUCGGCGCCCUGGCUGUGGCCACGCAGCACUUCUUCCGCAAGAAUGAAAGUGCCCUUGUGAAAGAAAAAGAGCUGUCGAUUGAACUCGCAAACAUCAGGGAUGAAGUUGCCUUCAACACAGCGCGAUGUGAGAAACUACAAAAGGAGAAAGAGGAGCUGGAGAAGCGCUUCGAGGAGGAGGUCCGGCGGCUGCGCUGGCAGCAGCAGGCCGAGCUGCAGGCCCUGGAGGACCGUCUGCAGCUGCAAUUCGAGGCAGAGGUUGGCCGCCUGCAGGAGGAACACCAGGGCCAGCUACUGAGGAUCCGGUGUCAGCACGAGGAGCAGGUGGAAGACAUCACCGCUAGCCAUGAGGCAGCCCUCCUAGAGAUGGAGAACAACCACACGGUGGCCAUUGCAAUCCUGCAGGAUGACCAUGACCACAAAGUCCAAGAACUGAUGUCGACUCACGAGCUUGAAAAGAAGGAGUUGGAAGAAAAUUUUGAAAAACUGCGGCUGUCGUUACAGGACCAAGUGGACACACUGACCUUCCAGAGCCAGUCUCUCCGGGACAGGGCCCGGCGCUUUGAGGAGGCACUGAGGAAGAACACGGAGGAGCAGCUGGAGGUUGCCCUGGCUCCCUACCAGCACCUGGAGGAGGAUAUGAACAGUCUGAAGCAGGUGCUGGAGAUGAAGAACCAGCAGAUUCACCAGCAGGAGAAGAAGAUCUUGGAGCUGGAAAAGCUGGCAGAAAAGAACAUUCUCCUGGAGGAAAAGAUCCAAGUGCUCCAGCAACAGAACGAAGACCUCAAAGCCAGGAUCGACCAGAACACCGUCGUGACGAGACAGCUGUCAGAGGAAAAUGCGAAUCUCCAGGAAUACGUGGAGAAAGAAACCCAGGAAAAGAAGAGGCUAAGCCGAACCAACGAAGAGCUGCUUUGGAAACUGCAGACGGGGGACCCAACCAGCCCGGUCAAACUCUCCCCCACGUCCCCCAUUUACCGCUGCUCGUCCUCAGGCCCGCCUUCUCCGGCCAGAGUCAGCACCACGCCCAGAUGA